AUGUAUCCAUACCUGUCACCCAUUGACCUGGACGCCAUCCUGGCGGCUUUCCAGAAUGGUGUAAACUUUUGGUACCCAGUCCUAUCUCUAGCCCAGCUUGAAAAUGUUCGAAUCAUGGUCUCCCAAGGUCUCCAUGAGAAUGCAGACCUGGUGACAAGUUGUUGCGCACAUCUCGUCAUGGCUCUCGGCUGUGCCGGUGAUGUGGUUAGUGGCCUCGUUCAUGGGGAAGAUUCCAGCCCAGGCUCGGAAGAGAUUGAAUACAAGCGAGCCCGAAAGGCCAUGGCGGAGCUAUAUUUCGACGGAGCCCUGAAGUCAAUGCAUAUGGUGCACUCAGAGAUGAGCUGUUCGGCGGUACAGUCACUUUUCUUCACCGCGCUCUAUUUCGCAUAUCUUCGGCGUCCCCUUCAAGCCUGGAAUUAUAUCAAUUCCACUGCGGCCAAAUGUCGGCUCCUCCUUUCAUAUCCCCCAGUGAACGAGCCGGCCGAGAACCAAGAAUGCCUACGCAGAAUAUUCUGGGCAUGUUAUAUAUUAGAAAGCGAUUAUCUAGCUGAGCUGUCGGCGCUUCCACAGAGUGGUAUUGCUCAGAUCGAAUCGUCUGUGCCACUGCCAGGGAGCUACGUGACGCAUGCAAAUCCGAGCGAGACGGAACAUGCGUCGCUCUAUUUCCUGGCAUGUAUCAGUAUGCGUCGCCUCCUCAAUCGUGUCCAUCAGCUUCUAUACGCACGUGAUACGGGUGCUGCUACGGAUAUUUCCCGCUUUCCGGCGAUUGUUACCGAACUCGAUCAUCAAUUGGAGGAGUGGCGCGAAUUCUUGCCACAUGCGUUUCAGUUUGACGCCCAUGAUAUAGACAAGUGGCCAUCCGAAUGUGGAGGAUUCCUAAGACAGCGUUAUUUGACCUGCAAGAGUGUCAUAUAUCGACCAUAUCUCGCCUGGCUACUGGCCAACGGUCCGAACGAUGUGCGAGGUGUGGCGAAGAGUGAAAUCGUAGAGCGUGCUAAAGUGUGCCUCGAUGCAUGUACCUCGCACAUUCUGGCCUUGACUGGCUUUUCGCACACAGUUCUGGUGGAUACUUGGAUAUGUGUCUUGUCCAUGGCAACAGCUAUGAUGAUUCUUCUAGCGACCUGUCGGUCCGUGCGGCAGAGCACACAUCGCCAUGACGUUAUGGAAACAGGUCCGCACCUGAGGAAAGUUUUCCACAAGUGGCGAGAGACAUUGGGAUCUCCAGAGUCCCCAAGUGUCGAGCAAGGCAUACGUAUCAUAUAUGAGACGGAGCGGCUGAUGGCAUCUUUCCAGAGCCCCGCCAAUGCAACGGAAGAAGAGGUUGAUGCAGCAGCAUCAAUGUGUGCUAUGACAAGAGAAUAG